UUUAUAGAAAGCUCAAGAAUUUGCGUACUAGUAUUAUGUAAUCAGCUGACUAUUUAUUCGCAAACUUUUGAAAGAUUUCAUCAGAAAGAAAACGACAAGCUGCAAAGAUGUUGGUGAAAUUUAUCCCAAGAGCAUGCCGCCAUAUAACUAGCUGCAGUCCGAGGUGGAUGAGUUCCAGGAGAAAUGUACCAAUGUUUUGGCAUCGAAGAGAUCCCUGGGAUUCUGUUAGAAAUGACAACUUUUUCGUCAAACCUUUUGAAUCUCAAUUUCGGGACAUGGCGAAGAUGUUUGACAAUUUUACCCGAAGUCCAUGGUAUAAUGAGGAUUUUGUUAGAUCAAAGGAAGUAGCUGAGGCAUUUGCAAAAUCUGAAGUCGCAGAAGUCAAAUAUGACAGCAAGAAGCUGGAAAUAAAAUUAGACCUAUCUAUGUAUGAACCAGAGGAACUUAAUGUCACCAUAGCUGAAGACAGACUGAUCAUCAAAGGAAAACACGAACAGAAAGAAGAUAAUCAUGGUUUCAUUACACGAGAAUUUACACGGGAAUUUGUUAUUCCAGAGAAUAUUGAUGUAGAUGGAAUAACUUCUACUUUAUCGGAAGAAGGUAUGUUAAUGAUUCAAGGCAGAGCAAAAGGAGCUGAAGAAUCGAAGGAACGCAUCGUUAACAUUGAACGAAAACAGAUUGAACAAGAAAACAAAGAAGUUAACACUGAACAAGAAAAGAAAGAAGAUAGCUGAAAAAAAAAAUUGAACAAGAAAAAAAUACCAUAGUUGACUCUAGAAUAAUGUCAUUCAGAUUUAUUUGGUUCAUAUAUUAAACCAUUGUCAUAUUAUCAUU